AUGGCUCUGGACGAUUACAACGAUCCAUGGAUGUGCAAAGUUUUUCCUACCAGUUUAACAGGAGCUACAUUGGAGUGUUUCAGGAAUAGGCCACACAAAUCUAUUUCGGACUAUGAAACUCUGUGCAUUAUGUUCUUGGCACAGUAUUGCGGAAACAAAAAGCAAAAGAAGAGUAUUGCUAGCCUCUUCACCAUAAGGCAAAAGAAAGGCGAAACGUUACAGGAUUUCUUGUCCAGAUUUAACAUGGAGGCUUCGGAAAUAGUAGAUUGCCAUCCUGAUACUGCAAUAGAAACGUUUAAGCUCGCAAUGAUUCAAGGAACCAAGUUCCAUACAUCUCUAGUUAAGUAUUCCCCUUCGGAUAUGCAGACUCUCAAUGCUAGGGCACAGAUCUAUAUCCGACUUGAGGAAAAUGUGGCCCACCGAGCGCAGCAUGCCACCCUCGUCACAGUGGAGAACAAGCCUCGGGAAAGGGGUUCAAAUUCAAAAAGCCAAAAAACCCAGCACACUCCAACACCAAUUACUCAGGAACCUGAGAAAAGGCAAAGGACAGAGGAAAGAUUCACACCUCUUCGCACAACCCUAGCUCGGCUAUUCCAAGAAAAUAAAUUGAGGUUUGCAGCCCCUCAGCUAAUGAAGCAACCUUUGAAGCAGAGGGACAAGAGCAAGCACUGCACCUGCCAUAGAGAUUACGGGCAUACAUCUAAUGAUUGCAGAUCCCUUAGGUGA